CCCACUUGUGGUCUAAUUGAGUGUCCAGCAGCAGGUGGAUGAAGUCCUUGGCUAAGUGCAUCUGACAAUGACUUCUUUUGUCAGCUUGGGUUGCAGCCUCUGCCUUCUUCUAGGUUGCAGCUUUUCAGUGGGCCUGGAGGUCAAAGUGGGGUCGGAUGUUACCCUAAUGUGCGUAUACAACGCUGGGUACUAUGGCAAGCUGUCAAUGUGCUGGGGACGAGGGCCGAUCCCGAACAGAGGCUGUGCAAAUCAACUCAUCCAGACCGAUGGAACAACGGUGACCAGCAGACAAUCUGAGCGUUACCUGCUUAUGGGUAACAUCGGCGAGGGCGACGUGUCGCUGACCAUCAGACAGGUUGAAGAGAGUGACACGGGGACAUAUGGCUGCCGUGUGGAAGUCCCAGGCUGGUUCAACGAUCGCAAACAUCAGAUCACCCUGACGGUGGUACCAGCGCGCCCUGAUGCUCUCAUGGUGAAAAUGCAGGAGGUGGGGAAAAGGAGUCUGACUGUCGGCUGGUCUCACGUGUUUGACGGGGGAAGGCUCAUCACGUCAUACAGGAUCGACAUCAAGAAUGAAGAUGAUCCGUGGGAUGCUGCAGUGACGACUGAGGUGUCCAAUCCAAACCUAACACGGGUCACUCUGGUGGACCUACACCCUGCUAGAAACUACAACCUCCGCAUGUUUGCCAUCAACAGUGUAGGCAUGAGUGAGCCGAGUAACGUUCUUAAAGUCACCACCAAAGAAGCAGCACCGGACGGUCCACCCUUGGACAUGCAACUCCUUGCUCUCUCGUCUACAAGCAUUAGAGUCGCUUGGAAGCCUCCGAGCGCUGACCUGAGAAAUGGGGUUCUGCAAAGUUACAGCGUCAGCUACAGAGAGUACGACCCUGCAAGCCGACAAUUAAAAAGGUGGCAAAACCAACGUGUCGGGGCCACACGGGAACAGGAGAGCCUCAUCCUGACUGGACUGAAGCCUUCCACCAAGUACGGAGUGAUCAUACAGGCCUUGACCAACGCGGGAAUUGGACCCGCCUCAACUCUACCCUUCUUUUCCACGCUAGAUGAGGUUGUCCAAACUUCAACUCAAGCAACAAUCAACACACCCUUCACUGUCAUAUGGAGCAUUGAAGAUACCACCAGGUUGAUCCCAGAUCACACAACUUCCGUGACAGAUGUGGUUCGUGCCAGCACAACAUGGGAACAAAGCUCUACAAGUUUGUCUUCAGAGUCUCCAGAUCCCCCUGUUGUUGAGUUAAAAGAGGUCCGAGACAAUGCAGUUUCUCUUUCCUGGACUGCUGGGUUUAAAGGAGGCGCCCCCAUUACCGGAUAUUUUCUUGAGUAUAAAGCAGUGAAUGGCUCAUGGGACUUUAAAAAGACCGUAGUAGACUUCAGCCCCAACCAGACAGAGGCCACCAUCAUCGAGAUAAAUCCCUCCAUGUACAACAUCCGCAUGUUUGCCACAAACAGUCAUGGCACCAGUAAAGCCAGCAAUAUCCUUACCUUUACAACUGGAGAGAAAGGUCCUCAAAAGGAUGCCGUCGCUACGGUUACAUCGAUUGACACUCAUGCUGCAACAAGCACGGUGGAUGAGGCUCGGAGUGGUCACCUCGUUGCCAUCGUUGUUCCGGUUGUGCUGGUGAUGCUGUUCAUCGUUGCCAUAGUAACUGUGUGGCAACUGCGACGGCUCAAGGGGAAAAAAGGAAACAUCAACAUGUGGCUGAGCAACGGAGCGAUACUUUACAGAAGCUCUGACUCCAUGCAGGAGCUGUGAGGUCCUGUAUCUUUACGGGACAAUAAAAAGGCGUAAAAAGAGCAACGUACUAAACUAACAUCCAGUUUGACAGCUAAAAACGAUAAAAAGUCUGACAUGACUUUACACUCAUGUCCUUAAACAAACCCAAAAACGUUGUGUAAAUGGUAAAUAAAAAGAGAAUACAA